AUGACCCCACGGCCUCCUCUGUGUCUUGGGCAGGGCUACUCCUCUCUUCGGCAGCUGGUGAAGCUGUCCAAGCUGCAAGUGCCCCAGAAGAUCAAGGACGUGAUUGAGCCCAUCAAGGACAACGACGCUGCCAUCCGCAACUAUGGCAUCGAGUUGGCGGUGAGCCUGUGCCGGGAGCUGCUGGCCAGUGGUCUGGUGCCAGGCCUCCACUUCUACACCCUCAACCGCGAGGUGGCCACCACCGAGGUGCUAAGGCGCCUGGGCAUGUGGAAUGAGGACCCCAGGCGCCCCCUGCCCUGGGCUGUCAGCGCCCACCCUAAGCGCCGCGAGGAGGAUGUGCGCCCCAUUUUCUGGGCCUCCAGACCAAAGAGCUACAUCUACCGCACCCAGGACUGGGACGAGUUUCCCAAUGGCCGUUGGGGUAACUCCUCCUCACCAGCCUUCGGGGAGCUGAAGGAUUACUACCUCUUCUACCUGAAAAGCAAGUCCCCCGCCGAGGAGCUGCUGAAAAUGUGGGGGGAGGAGCUUACCAGCGAAGAGAGCGUCUUCCAAGUCUUUGCACACUACCUCUCAGGAGAGCCCAACCGGCAGGGCCACAGGGUGAGUGGGCUGGCUGUGGGUUCUGGACCCCCUGCCCAGUGUCUAGCUGUGG